AAGUCAGUACUGUGCCAGUGGGUGAAUGGCAAGCAGGCGCAGUUGGACACAUUGUUACACAACUCAUGUGAGCGUUCAUUAAGGAGUUGCUCUUCCUCUUCUUUACGACUACACGCGUUCACAAAUCUCACUCCGGCUGACUGGAGGAACAGAAAGAUAGAUUAAGUGAAGCAGUUAUUAGACGCGUCUGGACAUCGCCGCGCACUGCGCACUGGAUCGCAUAACGUCACUUAACGCGGAUAAAUUGGAGCUUUGAGGAUGGAGGAGGAAACUCCAGUAAAAGCAUCAGUGGCUCAGUUGGCUGGAAGACUUAAAGGUCCAGUGCCAGGAACCACAGAGAAACCUUCCAUCUGCCCUCAUCCUGCCAAGAUGAAGAUUAAAAGUUCUCCUCUCAUCGGAAAACUACAGGCCAACCUUGCUCUCUCUCCGACUAUACUGCUGUCUCCACCCAAAAGUCCAGAGGCCAAACAGUCUCCCAUCAAUUCCAAUCCCAGCAGUCCCUCCAGCUCAUUGAGAUCCACACCGCAACCCGCUCAGCUGUCCUGUGAAGAUGAAAUGCCGGUUAGCUUUGAACAACCGGCCGAAGGCAAUCUACUGCUUAGCAUCAACAAGAGUCGAGCUCGGCUGUUCAAGAGACGGCUGCCCACGCGACAUCACAGGAAAUCAGCAAGUGAGGAUACGAAGUCUUACGAGAAAGAUGAGUCAUCGUGUCAAGCAGAGAGCCUGCGACAGAAUGGAGGGGAAGAAGUGACGCUGAGUGGUCCUUUACCGGAGGAUGAUAAAGAUAAGAUGGCUUCCUCUCAUGUCACCAAUGACCCAGAGCCAGAAGAGCAGGACAAAGACAGGAUGGAGAACAGAGAUGCUGUUGAAGAAAAUGAGAGGACUGAAAUAACCCAAACUGGAAAUCAGCAGGAGGUCACUGAAGAAGUGACUUCAGAUGAACACCAACCUUCUGAAGAACAGCAUGAUAAUACAGAGGACGAUCAGAUAGAAAUGAAGGAGAACAAGGAACUGAUAGACACUGAGAAGGACCCAGAAGAGAAGUGAAAGUGUUAUAGUCACCAAAAGCAAAGUAGUGGGAAGGUUAUCUGUUCACUUCUGAAUGACCAGUUUAGGCCACAGAAGUUCAGGUGGAACGUGUUUGUUAUGCUUUCUUCUUUUUCUUUCUCAAAAUGAGGCAAAUUGACAUAAAAAUGCUAAAGAUGGAUAGAUACACAGGAUAAAUGAAGGCAGACAAUGCUUUUGUAAAAUAAUGGAUUUGUGGACUUUGCCACGUUACAUAUAGAGAAUAGAUCUAGGCUGGCCAAAAUACCAAAAAGCCAUUAUGUCAAUAGUUUUUUACACAAACCCUAUUGUCUGUUUUUUCCCUAACAUGAUUUGUUAUUGGCUGGUCAGAUUUAUUAAAUUGCUAUCAGCUGUGGAGAAUUAAAGGUCCAGUGUGUAGAUUUUUAGUGGCAUCUAGCUGUGAGACUGUGAAUUGCAACUAACGGCUUAGUCCACAGCCCUCCCCCUCGCAUAUUGAAGCUACGGUAGCCACCACAGGACAAACACGUCAUCAUCUGAGACCAUAGAUAUAGACUGUACAUAGAUGUACACUAGAUGUCGCCUUGGCUACAGCAGUUCAUUGGAACAAAUGCGUCAAAUGGAGCCGCCAUCUUGAAACAGGGGAACUACGCAUCAGCAUCACUGUAGGCAAAGGUGUAACGGAAAUAAUGCGAUUUUUUUCAGACAUCUAUUUAGCAUUGAGUCUAGAGAAAAUGUAAUGUUAUGAUGUUAAGAAAAUCUACUUUUUCUAACUAUAAUGCAUAGUGCUAGUAGGCCUAACACCCAUACGCAGCACAAAAGUCCGGCAUCGUCCAUUAAAUCCGAAGUACAGGCGGAGAUAGCAGCAUUACCUGGCUACUUCCUAUGACAAGACCCCUGUUCCAAGAUGGCGGCGGUUUUGACGCAUGCUUAGAAGAACCCCAAGGCGACAUCUAGUGUAUAUAUCUAUGGUCUGAGACAACGUAGGGACAAAACACAGAGGGUACAGCGGAUUGUCCUCUUAGGGCUACUGUAGAAACAUGACGGCACGAAAUGGCGACAUCCAUGUAAAUCCCAGGAUACACUGCAGGAUUUUUGCACUCCUGUCAGAUCAUUACCUUAUCACACUGUGCGACAUGGAGCAUUUAAACUUGGCUACGACAAGCAUGUAGACUGUACGAAGAUGACACCUAUUGAAUCGGAGGCUUCGACGGCUGCGCUAGUGGUAAACAAAUACCGGUACGCAGGUCGUAGCAGCAAACACACUGUGCAUUGAUCAUGCUGAAAACUAUCGUAGGCUAUCUUUGGACGCAAGACCGGGAAAACGGCCUCAAUGGACGACAUAGGAUCACAGAAAUCGCGACCAUUGUUUCACAAUGGCAAUCUUUCGCCUGGGACAGUCAAAAAUCGUGCAGUGUAUCCCGGACUUAAGGGGACCCUGGUGUAUGUAGAUAAAAACACCUCAUUCCCAGGUAACAGUUCAACACAACAGUUCAUUUUGUAAUGUCUUUAUACACCCCUGAUAAUAUAGUUAUGCAGAUUAUAUUGCAUUACUGUCAAUAGAUCCUUCUUAAAGUUACACAAUGCACCUUUAAAGGGAUAGUUCAGCUGAAAAGACAAUUUCGUCAUCAUUUAACACCUUCUUUCUUCUUUGAAACACAAAGGGAGAAGUUAAGCUAAAUGUCAGUCAUCAAACACUUUUAAUGUAUGAAAAAGAGCAGUAUUGACAUUUAAAAAUCAUAUCCUCUUGUGUUUCACUGAAGUAUACAAGUCAUGUGUUUUGAAUGAAAUAAUGGUGAGUGAAUGAUGAUAGAAUACAUUUUUGUAUCACAUACACUGUGAUUUAAUCCCUUACAAAAUCCUGUUUAAAUCUUUAAAGGAUAAUAAUGCACAACCUGAACAUCAACAACCCUGCAUGUUUCUGCACAAUCCCAUUUUUGUGAUCAUUAUUGAAAUUCUGCAUACGCCCCUGAGGUUACGGGAGUGUGGGGUAAGCUGUGCCACGUUUCUUUACAGCACCUCAUGAUAAAAUGUAUAGCUAAAGCAUGAAUGUAAGGGGAAUUUUGUUAUAGUAUUUCCUGCAUUUGGAGGUAAAGCUCAUUAUCACUAUUAGUUGAGAUAGUGGCACAACUUACCAUGAAACAUCAGGCACAUUUCAAGAAAAGUUAGAAAAGUUGUCACUGGGAUGCUACGUUUAAAAAAAAAGAUUUAAUAUGUAUGAUUUUAGUACCUUUGAGUUACCAGUAUGUCCUGUACCUCUAAGCCACCAAUCUAUACCCUUGAGGUACGAUUAUGCAUAUUUUACGACUUUUUGAAAAGGUACCGCUCCAGUGACAACUUUUGUAACGUAUUGCAACUAUUUAGAGUAAAAAAAUAUUAUAACAUAAAAGUCCUUAUAAAUUAUGUGCAUUUCUAAUCUAGGGCAGCUGCAAGAUGGACACUUUCUAAAUGUAUUCAAUUCAAAUUGAUCUAUAUUGGGCUUUUCACAAAUUUUAAUUAGUACUACAAUUAACUGAAAAACAACACUGUUAGAUUAAAGCACAUGUUUUACCCCACUCUUCACUACUCUUACAUGUACAUCCUUAAUGAAACUUAAAGUCCCAUCACUGUUCCUCUUUGAUCAAUAGCCCUAAGCCUGUGUGCCACUUUUAACUUGUUAUUAAAAUCCAUCAUGUAUUUUCUCAUUUUUAAAGCUUGCACAUAUUGUAAUUGCUGUAACAGAAUUGAUGAGAAAGUGCAAAAGCCAAAUUUACCAGCAGCCUCAAUUGCUAUAGUACUGUGAUGCUAAUAUUAAAUGGGAAUGCUUGGAAUGUAUUACUGUGACUUUAAUGCUACUCAACAGACAUUUUACUUUUCAUAUAAGACCCAAUGAAAGCUUGAUUUUAAAAGAUAUUUUGUUAUAUUACUUAUAGCAUUAAAGGUGCAGUGUGUACAUUUUAGCGGCAUCUAGUGGUGAGGUUGCGAACUGCAACCAAAGACUCAGUCCACGGCUCACCUUUUGCUUUAGAAACACAUAGAGAAGCUA